AUGCUGCUGCAGGUUCCCUUGUUCUCUCAACGCCCCCUAAUUACAACGGGUGCUGCCAUGGCUUCCCGUAUCAAAUGGACAGUACCCCCGGCUGCCCUAGCUGCAUACACUGCGGGGGAAUGGUCGCACCCAGGUCAAUCAAGGGCUCGCUUCACGAGUUCCAAAGCACGGUCUACCGAUGAGGAGAGCCGGAAGUCUACAGCGAGCUCAGAUAACCAAGACGGAAAAGACUAUGGUUCUAUUUGGAACAACAUUGCCCAAAGACUUGAUGGGGUUAAGCAAACAGUUGGCUCUGGUGAUUGGGUGGAUGUGAGUAGCCUCACAAACUACAUCAUUCCGGAUUGGACUCGAUUUGUCCCAGCUACUGUCCAGAAGCUUCAGCGGGAACUGUCUUUGGCUCCGGGUUCCCUAGCAGAUGACAUCUGGAAGGAGGCACAUGAUCCAGACAUCAAUCCUGAGAUUCUCCGUGAUGCCGAGGUACGCGUGAGUGGGAACCUCUGCCCUGAGGAGCAAGAGUUCAGGCGGCAAAGAUCGCGAAAGGUUGUCAAGGCAUUAUCCACCUAUCUCAAUAUCCCCGAAGACGAGAUUCAUCCCGACGAUGUACCCAUCAUCGCGGUCUGCGGCUCAGGCGGUGGACUACGUGCUCUGGUCGCGGGUACUGGAUCUUAUCUUGCAGCCCAGGAAGCAGGCCUGUGGGACUGUGUUACAUAUACAGCCGGUGUCAGCGGUAGCUGUUGGUUACAGACUCUCUACCAUUCUUCCAUUGCACAAAGGGACUUCGACAAGCUUGUUGACCACCUGAAGAAUCGCCUUGGUGUUCAUAUUGCAUUCCCACCAGCUGCUCUGGAUCUACUCACAACGGCUCCGACAAAUAAAUUCCUUCUCAGUGGAUUUGUGGAAAAACUAAAGGGUGACCCUGGAGCUGACUUUGGGUUGGUUGAUAUCUACGGGAUGUUACUGGCAGCGAGACUGCUGGUUCCCCGAGGAGAAUUGGGUGUCUCAGACAGGGAUUUCAAACUAUCAAACCAACGAGUAAACCUGGCCAAUGGAUCCCACCCCCUUCCUAUCUACACGGCAGUACGACACGAGAUUCCAAUCCUCGAAUCCAAUGAAGACGCCAAAGAGCAACCCACGCCUGAGCAACUGGUGAAGAAAUCGCAAGAGGAAGCUUGGUUCCAAUGGUUUGAGUUCACUCCCUACGAAUUCUUCUGUGAAGAGCUUAAUGCUGGAAUCCCCACCUGGGCACUUGGACGUCACUUCGACGCUGGUCGAUCGGAGGUGACAGCUGAUAAUCUCCCAAUUCCGGAAGUGAGGGUUCCCAAUUUGAUGGGAGUUUGGGGCAGUGCCUUCUGUGCCACUCUAUCUCAUUACUACAAGGAGAUCCGGCCCCUAGUGAAAGGGCUGGCUGGCUUCGGCGGAAUUGAUUCGCUCAUCCAAGGCAAAAACCAAGACUUGAUCAAGGUUCAUCCCAUUGAUCCUGCGGGAAUUCCCAACUAUGUCAAGGGAAUGAAAGAUCAACUACCAGCCUCCUGUCCAGAAUCCAUCUUUCACGAUGAUCAUCUGCGCCUUAUGGAUGCAGGAAUGAGCAACAACCUCCCAAUCUACCCGCUGAUUCGCCCGGGCCGUGAUGUGGACGUAAUUGUCGCAUUCGAUGCCUCUGCGGACGUCAAGCAGGAGAACUGGCUCUCCGUAGUUGAUGGAUAUGCCCGUCAACGUGGUAUCAAGGGUUGGCCCGUCGGCGCUGGAUGGCCUAAAUCUGCAAGCAUCGAGGAUGCCGAGAGUGCCCUACGGGAGCCUCAGAACAUCACCGACAAACAAUUGAACGAAAAACUUUCACAGGCCCAGAUUGAAGGCUCCAGGGACAACAAGCAAGCCACUGGUCAGAAACCACAGGGCGGCACAGACCUUGGCUACUGUAAUGUCUGGGUUGGGAGCACAGAAGAACGCACCACGGAUGAAGAACCUCCACCAUCCAAGCGCCUCUUCGACCCCCAGCGCGAAGACCACUCCGACGCCGAUUUCCAUCUCAUGCGCCCAGACGCCGGUAUUGCUGUGGUCUACUUCCCUCUCAUUCCCAACCCUAAUGCGCCCGACGUCCCUCCAAAGCCCCAGAUUCGGCCUCGGGCAGCUGUCCAAUCCUUAAGACAAGACGCUUCUCAAACUAAGGACCCGGAGCAGCCACUCGCGCCCCGUCCUAGUUCGAUCGAUCCUGAUGUGGAUGACUUCCUCUCAACCUGGAACUUCAUCUACACGCCCGAGCAAAUUGAUUCGGUUGUUGGCCUUGCCAGAGCCAAUUUCUCGCAGGGUGAAGAGCAGACUCGCCGUGUUGUUCGCGCUGUCUAUGAGCGCAAGAAGUCUGAUCGAUUGCAGAAGGAAGCCCAAGAACACCGCAAGAAGUUGGAAGGCUUCGUUCCGCUGUGA